AUCUAAUUUGGACUUUUAACUAGGUUCUGUCGCUAACGUAGAAAUGGAAGCGCUUAAGAAGUAUAUUAGCCUGCUGGACAAACAGCUGGAGAAGAAAUGCUGUUUCAACGAUAUCCUCAAGAAAGCAGAGGAGAAGACUAAGGUCAAACGCAUAUAUCUCGUGAUUGGCACCUCUCUAUUUCUUGCCCUCUAUUUGAUGUAUGGUUAUGCUGCCGAGUUGAUUUGCAACUCCAUUGGGUUUAUCUACCCGGCAUAUGCCUCGGUCAAGGCUAUUGAGUCCAAAAAUAAGGAUGAUGAUACACAGUGGCUCAUCUACUGGGUCGUCUUUGCUGUUUUCUCUUGCCUGGAGUUCUUCUCUGACAUCCUUCUCAGCUGGUUCCCCUUUUACUGGCUCUUCAAGUGUGUUUUCCUGAUCUGGUGCUUUGUGCCAAUCCAAAACAAUGGAGCUCAUCUCAUGUACUACAAGUUCAUUCGCCCUUAUAUCCUCAGACACCAGGACAAGGUAGACAAGGCAUUAAGUGAUGCCACACAACAUGUCUCUGACUUUGCCAGGAGGAAAGCCCAGGAAUUUGGUUCAGAUCAGUUCAAGGGAGAUUGAACUUACUGACGAGGACACAGGAAUGUUAACCUGAACACAUGCAAUGUUUUUGGUUUUUUCCCUCCCCCCUCUUUAAUGAUGUUGAUAUGUGUAAAAACCCUUGAAGGAGGCUCACAUGAGCCAAAGGAGUUGAUCCCACAAGGACCAAGGUUGUGUAGUCUUCCAAUAUAAAAGAUGGAAACUUGCUCCAUGUGAUAGCCCCCACACAUGUAGUCUGUCUAUCCUUGGCAAUAUGUAUCAUUUGGUUUGUUCUUAUUCUGCUCCCCUUCUGUCUUCUUUGUGAAAUGGUUUUAUCACUGUGUGCUAUUUUCUCGUACUUUUCAGUUUACUCUAUCAUGAUCGUGUCUGUGAGAGCAGAUGUUGAUUUGUGUCAAACCAUCCCCAAUUGUGUAAAAUUCUUUGUCCAUAAGGAAUGAAGCCAUGAUUGAAUUGCCAACCACUUCA